AAAGAAAUUUGGAGGUUCUUCAGGCAAACCCCUGCAGGGGAUCACCUUCGGGAACGGGCUUCUGCUGUCUCCUCUAAAGUCUAUUUUGACCAGCAAGUCAGCAACUUCUUCUCUUCUUCCUCCUUGGCUGCUCCACCAUACCUUCCUCCUAAAUUCUCACUUUGGUAUAAACGGACGCGGAGUUGAUUCUCCAUUCGCCCUUUUAUUUUUGUGUAUAAUGAUCAUUUCCCAUAUUUUGUUGAAUCAUCAUCUUAUGCUUGUGAACCUUCUGAUCCGUCAAAGAAUCUGAAGAAAACUUUGGGUUUUAUCCAUAUCCAUAUUUGGGGAAAUGGGUAUAUGCCUUUCGAGCUCAAAAGUUAGUGGCUCCAACAGCAACAGCAAUCCCACCGCAAAGCCGCGGUCUGACACCACUGCCACAUCAGCACAAGAUGAGGAGAGAUCACGUUGUAAUCGAAGGAAGGCUAAAGAACCAUGCGAGAAAUAUAAGAAUUUAAAUGUUAAGCCCAGUCACAGGAGUCAAACUGUGGUUAUCCCUUGCGGGAAAAGAACGGAUUUUGGGUAUGAUAAGGAUUUUGAUAAGCGGUAUACAAUUGGCAAGUUGUUGGGACAUGGUCAAUUUGGAUACACUUAUGUUGCUACUGACAAGUCUGUUGGAGAUCGAGUUGCUGUUAAAAGAAUCGAGAAGAAGAAGAUGCUUCUUCCCAUGGCAGUUGAGGAUGUCAAGCGAGAAGUCAAAAUAUUAAAGGCCUUAACUGGUCAUGAGAACGUGGUUCAAUUUCAUAAUGCAUUUGAGGAUGAUGAUUAUGUAUAUAUUGUAAUGGAGUUAUGUGAAGGUGGAGAACUUCUGGACCGUAUUUUAGCAAAAAAAGACAGCCGUUAUACUGAAAAAGAUGCAGCUAUAGUUGUACGGCAGAUGCUAAAAGUUGCAGCAGAAUGUCAUUUACAUGGCCUGGUGCAUCGUGAUAUGAAACCCGAGAAUUUUCUUCUCAAAUCACCAAAAGAGGAUUCUCCACUUAAGGCCACGGAUUUUGGUCUUUCAGAUUUCAUAAGACCAGGGAAGAAAUUUCAUGAUAUUGUUGGUAGUGCAUAUUACGUUGCCCCAGAGGUACUGAAACGUAGAUCAGGUCCUCAAUCAGAUGUAUGGAGCAUUGGUGUUAUAACCUAUAUUUUGCUUUGUGGAAGGCGGCCCUUCUGGGAUAAAACCGAAGAUGGGAUAUUCAAGGAGGUGCUACGAAACAAACCUGAUUUCCGUCGCAAGCCAUGGCCAAGCAUAAGCAACAGUGCUAAAGAUUUUGUUAAAAAAUUAUUGGUGAAGGACCCUCGUGCUAGACUUACUGCUGCCCAGGCCCUGUCACAUCCAUGGGUCCGAGAAGGUGGUAAUGCAUCCGACAUUCCUCUAGACAUCUCUGUUCUGUCCAAUAUGCGACAAUUUGUUAAAUACAGCCGCCUAAAGCAGUUUGCUUUACGGGCAUUAGCAACCACACUAGACGAUGAGGAGUUGGCUGAUCUAAAAGAUCAAUUUGCUGCCAUUGAUGUGGAUAAAAAUGGUGUCAUUAGUCUUGAAGAAAUGAGACAGGCUCUUGCUAAGGAUCGUCCAUGGAGAAUGAAAGACUCACGCGUAAUUGAGAUUCUUCAAGCGAUUGAUGUCAAUACUGAUGGUCUCAUAGAUUUCCCCGAGUUUGUUGCUGCCACUUUACAUGUUCAUCAGAUGGAGGAACACAACUCAGAAAAAUGGCUGCAAAGAUCACAAGCUGCUUUUCAGAAAUUCGAUGUUGAUAGAGAUGGAUUUAUUACUCCCGAAGAACUUAAAAUGCAUACGGGCUUAAAAGGUUCCAUAGACCCACUUCUAGAGGAAGCAGACAUCGACAAAGAUGGGAAGAUAAGCUUAUCAGAAUUCCGCAGGCUUUUAAGAACUGCAAGUAUGAGUUCACAGACAAUUACUAGCCCCUCCGUGAAGGGAGGAGGUUCACGAGGACUUUCGAAGUGAAAGAGUUUUUAUGGAGAUAUGCGUUAGAGCAGCAAAGUUUCCUUUCUCCUAGAUUUCUGUCCUGGGGUCAUCGUAUACAGUUGCUUUUUCUGCUUGUCUGCAAGUAGCCGAGGGAUGCAUCGCCCCCGACUUGCUUCUUCCCUCCACAAAAGCAUUUUGUAAUUCCUAAUUUGGUCAUUGUGGUAUAGUUAUUUAGAGGGAUGGCAUUCCUAAUUUGGUCAUUGUGGUAUAGCUAUUUAGUGUUGUGAGUCUCCUUUGCAAAGUGAAAUAUGCAAUUGUGCAAUGUAUGUGUGUGGAAAAAAUGCUUAAAAAGUGUUGACUUAUCAAGUGUUUGAUGGAUGUGGUUCAAUAAAAUUUAAGGAUUAAAAA